UAGACAAACAGCCGCCGAUUGGCUACUUCACAUGACGUCAGGUACUCUGCCGGCGGUGGUUUGAAACGUGUUUUGAAAACGUUGGUUGAAGACGAACGGAACGACAAAGUUCAAACCGGAGCCGAGAAGAGCCUUCCAAUGCUGGAGCGACGAAGCACUCCUGUUAGGCGGCUAAGGUACCGCAACAGCCCCCUGAGGACCCGCCCGCGUGGGUCUGACGAAGUGGCGUUGUGGGGCCUGAAAGGCUGCGGCUCCCAGAACACGCUGCUUCUCGGCACAUGCUCGCCUCCACCGCCAUUCUACGAGGGCUCACCCGAGCGAACCUCCGCUGCACUACAAACACAAUGUACGAGCACUCCGUGCAAAACCAUCCGGAAACGACUUUUUGACGAUACGACGCAUCCAAGCACGAGUGCCUUCUCCCCAUCGAAGGGCUCCCACCUCUCAAACCCCUGCAGGCGAUCCCUCUUCAAGAAUCGGAAACCCUCAGAAGGGUCCAGCACAGAGAGCAGCAGCAGACCUCUGGUCAACUUGAAUCCCUUCAGCCCACACUCCCUCCUCAUCCAGUGUCCUACACUGCAGAAAAACCAGUGUGAGAGUACACGCAUGUCAUUUGGAGGAGGCAGCAAUGCAAGUAAUUGUAAAGCAAAUGCAAAGAGGUUUACCGCCGCAAGAAAAUGUGUCACAUCCCGGUACGCCUCAGAGUUCCUCGAACUGGAGAAGAUUGGCAAUGGGCAGUUCGGUGCUGUGUUUAAAUGUGUGAAGAGGCUGGAUGGCUGCAUCUAUGCCAUCAAGCGAUUAAAGAAGCCGCUUUUGGGCACCACAGAUAGACACUGCACCAUGCGGGAAGUGUUCGCCCAUGCCGUGCUCGCCCAGCAUCCUAAUGUGGUGCGCUACUAUUCGUCCUGGGUGGAGGACGACCACUUACUCAUUCAGAACGAGUACUGUGACAGCGGCAACCUGUUCAACGUCAUCGAACGCAAUUCUCGGCGACUUGCCUACAUGUCGGAAGUGAACCUCAAGGAUCUGCUGCUCCAAGUAGCACGAGGCCUGGAGUGCAUCCACUCAAUGUCACUCGUGCACAUGGACAUCAAACCAAGUAACAUCUUCAUAUCCAAGAAGUCCACAAGCACCUAUAAUGGAUGUGAUGAGGACGACAUGCUGACCGGCACUGUUGUGUACAAAAUAGGUGAUCUUGGUCACGUGACACAGGUAAACAGUCUUCAAGUGGAAGAAGGUGACAGCAGAUAUCUAGCCAAUGAAAUUCUACAAGAGGACUAUAACAACUUAACAAAGGCUGACAUCUUCGCUCUUGCGCUGACUGUCGUAAGUGCCUCAGGGGUGGAGCCUCUGCCCUCCAAUGGGCUCGAAUGGCACAAAAUCCGAAGGGGGGAGCUCCCAGCUGUGUCCCAUGUGCUUUCGGCAGACUUUCUCACUCUUCUCAAGAUGAUGAUAAACCCUGACCCAACAAGGCGGCCUUCGACCUCUGAUAUCAUCGCACACCCACUCAUCCAGACAGCAAGCAGAUUGAUUUAUUAAAUACCAAAAUUUCAAUAAAACUCAUGUAAAUAA